GAACUUACCACCAGGAUCACUGAGCUGCUGAGUGGAGAGGUUCCUAUAAGGUGUCAGGAUGUCGCUGUCUAUUUCUCCAUGGAGGAGUGGGAGUAUUUAGAAGAACACAAAGAUCUGUACAAGGACAUCAUGAUGGAGAAUCACCAGUCCCUCACGUCACCGGAUGAAGACGGGAUGAGCGACUCCAAUGGACACCUCCAUUUAUCUUCAUGUCAUGAAGCAGAAGAUAACAAUACCACACAAGCUAAUUCAAUAGCUCCUAAUCAACCCUCAGUCCUUCAUGGGGGAGAUCUAUCCACCGAUACCGCUGGUCACAAGAAACCUUCACCUGAUCAAUCACUGAUUGGCAAACAAAUAACCGGACAUAACUGGGAGGAAAUAUUUUCACAUGGGAAACAUUUUGAAAAGAAAUCUAACCUUUCUUUGCAUGAGACAAAUCACAGAGAUCAAAGGGCAUUUUCAUGCUUAGAAUGUGGAAAAUCUUUUACCAGGAAAUUCAUUCUAGUAGAACAUCAGAGAAUUCACACAGGGGAGAAGCCACAUUUAUGUCCACAAUGUGGAAAAUGUUUUAGUCGGAAAUCGGAUUUUGAUAGACACCAGAGAACUCACACAGGAAAGAAACCAUUUUCAUGCUUAGAAUGUGGGAAAUGUUUUAUUCAAAAAUCGGAUUUUGAUAGACAUCAGAGAACUCACACAGGGGAGAAGCCGUUUCCAUGUUCAGAAUGUGGGAAGCGUUUUAGUCAGAAAUCACGUCUUGUGGAACAUCUAAGAGUCCACACAGGAGAGAAGCCAUUUUCAUGUUCCGAAUGUGGAACAUGUUUUACUCAUAAAUCCGCUCUGCUUCAUCAUCAGAGAACUCACAAAACAGAGAAAACGUUUCUAUGCUCAGAAUGUGGAGCAUGUUUUGUCAAUAACACAAAUCAUCAGAUUUCACAAUGCGGGGCAUGUUUUAGUCAAACUCACACAGAAGAGAAACCAUUUUCAUGUUCUGAAUGUGAUAAGUGUUUUAGUCGGAAAUCCUCUCUGGUGGAACAUCUAAGAAUUCACACAGGAGUGAAACCAUUUUCAUGCCCUGAAUGUGGGAAAUGUUUUAGUCAAAAAUUAUAUCUUCAUAGACAUCAGAGAGUUCACACAGGAGUGAAACCAUUUUCAUGCUCAGAAUGUGGGAAAUGUUUUAUUCAAAAAUCAGAUCUUGAUAGACAUCAUAGAACUCACACAGGAGAGAAGCCAUAUUCAUGUUCAGAAUGUGGAAAAUGUUUUAGUCAAAAAUUAUAUCUUAAUAGGCAUCAGAGAACUCACACAGGAGAGAAACCAUUUUAUGUCCUGAAUGUGGGAAGUGUUUUCAUCAGAAAUGAACAUUUGGGGGCAAUCUAAGAUUUGAACCAGGAGAGAGGCCAGUGUGGGAAAUGUUUUAGCCUGAAAUUGGUUCUUAGACACCAGAGAACUCACACAGGAGAAAAAACAUUGUAAUGUUUAGAUUGUAGGAAAUGUGGCAGGUGUAGAGCUUCUUUGUAGUACCUGCUCCCUAACAAUGCCUUCUGAUGUCUACAUAACAUUAUAUUACAUGAACUUUAUACAUCAUACUAUACUGUACAAUACAAGAAAGAAUACGAGUCGCAGGUCCCUUUAUCAUCUUACUUCUUAAGGACCCUUGAUGAUGACACAAUCAGUUGAUCAGUCACACUCAUAGACCAAUGGUAGAUAUUCUGUUUUCAUAAUAGUAGGAACAUAUCCAAGGAUUAAAUCAGUGGUGGUCCCCACCUAUCACAAGAAUGGGGUCCACGUACAAUGCAGGUCCCCCAAAAUGAGCUAAGCUGGAGGAUGGGCAUGCACACUCGUCGCUCCAUUUAUCUCUAUAGGACUUGUCAGAAAUAGCCGAGCACAGUUUUUUUGCUAUCUCCAGUAUUGCAGUGUAUGGUUAACUCCCCAAUGAUCAGGCCAAUUUUCCUUUUUGUAUUUUUGUUUUUUCCUUCUCACUUUCCAAGUUACAUAACUUUUUAAAUUUUUCGUUCGCUUAAUUUUUGCAGUUGUCUUUUUUAAUGACACCAUUUAAUUUAUCAUAUCUUCCAUUGAAAAAUGGGAAAAUAUUCUUUGUGGGGUGAAACUGAAAAAAAUGCAAUUCUGCCAAAGGUUCUUUAGGUAUUGUUUUUUUUAAUUCACGGUGCACUAAAAAUCACAUGACGUCAAGUCAAUAAUUAAUACAAUUAUGGCAACACCAAAUUUUAAUGUUUUUACUAUGUUGUA